AUGAAGUGAGAUAAAACAACAACACUUCAGUAAAAACACCACAUCAAUAAAAAGAAAGUCCUCCAGUGUUCCCAGUGUUCCCAGUCUCAACUGUGUUUAAAAGUGAGGAGGAGGAUCUCUGAGUCUCCUUCCACCAAUCAGAGCCUCCGCCUGCCGACAACUUUCCCCGCCGCGCCGCGCAUUGGCCGCGCCGCGCGUCGCUCAUGAUUCCGGGGCGGCGUGUGGGCGGAGCCCGGCGGACGGAGGACGGGAGGGGUGGCGGGUUAGAGGGGCGGUGCGACUGUCAAUUGUGUUCCCUAUUCUCGUCAAAAAAAAGUCUGCUGUGGUUGCUGUUGAGUACAACCGAGACGACCACAGGAGCCGCGGUCAGUCAGAGCGCUGCGCCCCGCGCGGACACACGGACGGACGCUUCUGGACGCGAAGCCGCAGCGCAAGUUGUGCACUUUGACACCGCUGCUGUGUUUUGGGGAGAAGAAGGAGGGUUUCUGGUCGCCUUGUAGCUCCAACGCUGGAUUGUUUUCAAACAUAUUCUCCAUCCAGCAGCUCCACGUCGCUUUCUUGAUCCCUCGAAGCGUUUUUCUGACGCGCAAACUUCGCGUUCACCGCCGCCACCGAGGACAAGCGGAUCCUGGGCACGGUGAAGACUUGUUGCGCGCAUCCGGGGAGCGUACCAGUCCAUCCAAGUCGACGCUGAACCUGCGUGUGAUGCUUUGAUUUGAGCCGUGAGUCAGUGAGCGGAGCGGGGAUGUGCCGUGGAGAGCGGCUCGGUGCUCGGUGCUGCCUGCCUCUGACUGUCUGCUCAUAAUUGACCAGAAAUUAGCGCGAUUACUUCUCUCCACUAGUGUGUGAGAGCUGCUGCUGGUGCUUCAGGGAAACAUUUUCUGCUUUAAAUGGCAUCCACGCGCAGCCGAGUCAAACUUUCCUCGGGUCUUGAUUAAUUCUCCUCUCCCGGUGUUUUGAAUUCUCCUCCUCGACAUGUCAGAGCGUGAUGGAUAUGGAGACGGGCUGUGCAGCGACGGAGCGCCGGACUGCCCCCCGCCUCGGGCGCCCCGCGGCCGGCGCAGCGGUGUCAUCCUCCCCGGGGGCGGCCAGGACUCUGACACCAUCCUGCUGGACGCGGUGAAGGCGGCACCUCGCCGGAGCAGCAUCAUUAAGGAUCCUUCAGUGCAGAAGGUUGGCGGAGGCCGGAAGAAGACGGUGUCCUUCAGCAGCAUGCCCUCUGAGAAGAAGGUGAGCAGCGCAGCAGACUGUCUGGCCUUCAUGCAGGGCGGCUGCGAGCUGAAGAAGAUACGUCCAAACUCCAGAGUUUACUGCCGUUUCUACACGCUGGACGCCGACCUCGGCUGCUUACGCUGGGAGCCGUCCAAGAAGGACGGGGACCGGGCCCGGCUGGACGUCUCCAGCAUGAGGGAGGUCCGGACCGGGAAGAGCACGGAGACGUUCCUCCAUAACGGGCCGCUCAAUGAGCACCUCGCUGAGGAGGCCGCCUUCUCCAUCAUACACGGGGACGACUACCAGUCUCUGGACUUGGUUGCGUUGUCGGCAGAUGUUGCCAACAUCUGGGUGACGGGUCUCCGCUACCUGCUCGCCCACCCGUCGAUCAUCUGGGGCGCCGGCGGAGGAGGAGGAGGAGUCGGCGGGCUGAGUGAAGGAGGAGGUGUGGCGGUGGAAGGAACCCUGGGAGGGAAGAUGAGGAGCGAGUGGCUGGAGGCCGAGUUCGCUCAGGUGGACGAAGACGGAUACGGCAUCGUGUCGGAGGACGUCGCUGUCGCCACCAUCUGUAAACUCUGCCCCGGGAUCAAAGAGGCCAAGGUGCGUCUGCGUUUUAAGGAGAUCCAGCGCAGCAAGGAGAAGCUGACCUCCCACGUGACCCGCGAGGAGUUCCAGGAGGCGUUCUGCGAGCUGUGCACGCGUCCCGACGUCUACUUCCUGCUGGUGCAGCUGUCCAAGGACCGGGAGUGCCUGGACCCCCAGGACCUGCGCCUCUUCCUGGAGACGGAGCAGGGUCUGUCCCUGGCCACCACCGAGGGCUGCUGGGAGCUGCUGCGGCGCUACGAGCCGUCGGCGGCGGGCCGGGAGCGCGGCCUGCUGGGCCUGGACGGCUUCGCCCGCUACCUGCAGUCCCCGGAGUGCCAGCUGCUGGACCCGGAGCACCUGGGGGUGUGUCAGGACAUGAGCAUGCCGCUGUCCCACUACUACAUCAGCACGUCGUACCGCUCCUACCUGCUGGAUGACCAGGUGCACGGCCGGGCCGACCUCGGCGGGCUGAUCAAGGCGCUGCAGGCGGGCUGUCGCUGCGUGGAGCUGGGCGUGACCGACGGGCCGGAGGGCGAGCCGCUCCUCGGGGUCGACUACGGGCCGGACAUCCCCCGCCACCACCACCACCAUCACCACCACCACCACCACGCCCCCGUCACCAUCCGCUCGGCCCUGGAGGUGGUCAACAAGUACGCCUUCCUGACCUCGCAGUACCCGCUGCUGCUCUACCUGUGCCAGCGCUGCUCGCCGGGCCAGCAGCGCACGCUGGCCCAACACCUGAAGAAAGUCUUCAGCUCCCGCCUUUACACGCCCGAGGCGCUCCACGUCAGCCUCGGGGGCCGCGCCACCACCCUCCCCUCCCCCGAGCAGCUGAAGGGCCGCGUCCUCAUCGUGGCGAAGAAACUCCCGCCGGAGCACGACGGCUCCGACGGCGAGAUCUCCGAGGAGGACGAGGAGAUCGGAGGAGGCGGGCCUCUGGCGGGGCGGCGGAUGACCAUCCCCGGCGAGGAGGAGCUGGGCGUGGUCCUGGUGGUGCCGCCGCCCUCUCAACCCCGGAAGCUCCGCCUCCACAAGGAGCUGUCGGACCUGGUGGCGAUCGCUCGCACCGGCAGCCGCAGCUUCUACGCCCAGAGAGCGAGUCAGAAACAGGCGCAGCAGCAGUCUCCGCCCAGCAGCCCGUGCUCGCCCGGCACGCCGCUGCCGCCCGAGCCGCCUUACUGGACGCUGUGCUCGCUGGGCGAGGGCGAAGCCGGGCGCCUCACCACCGAGAGCCCCGAGGACCUGGUCAUGUUCACCAAGCGCACCCUGACCCGGGUCCGGCCCAGCUCGGUGCGUCUGGACUCCAGUAACCCCAACCCUCAGGGCUACUGGAAGGGCGGCGUCCAGCUGGUGGCCUUGAACCAGCAGACGCCGGGCGCCAUGCUGGACCUGCACAGGUGUCGCUUCCUGCAGAACGGAGGCUGCGGCUACGUGCUGCGGCCCGCCGUCAUGAGGGACGAGGUGUCGUAUUUCAGCGCUCACACGCAGGGCUGCGUCCCAGGAGUACCCGCCCAGACUCUGAGGAUAAAGGUGAUCAGCGCUCUGAACCUGCCGAAGCCUCAGGGCUCGGGGGCAAAAGGUGAGGUCAUCGACCCGUACGUGGUCCUGGAGCUGCACGGCGUCCCAGCGGACUGUGCUGAACAGAGGACUCGCACCGCCGCCCAGAACCAGGACGACCCGCUGUUCGACGAGACCUUCGAGUUCCAGGUGAACAUGCCGGAGCUGGCCCUGCUGCGCUUCGUGGUGUUAGACGACGACUACAUCGGAGACGACUUCAUCGGCCAGUCCAGCGUGGCCUUCGAGUGCCUUCAGCCCGGCUACCGCAACGUGCCCCUGCUGGGCAUGACGGGGGACCCCUUAGCCCACGCCAGCCUGUUCAUACACGUCGCCGUCACCAACCGGCGAGGCGGAGGGAAGGCCCAGCGGCGGGGGCUGUCGGUGAGGAGGGUGGGGAGGCGAGGCCGGGAGUACGUCUCCCUGAGGCACACCGGCAUCAAGGUGCUGGACGAGACUUUUAAACCAGCCAGUGGACCGCUGAAAGAGGCCACAGACCUGCGAGAGGACGCUCAGAGCACCACCGCCAGCUUCAAAGAGCAGUGUGGGCUCCCCACGGUGGCCAAACUGAAGCAGUGCAUCCAGAGCCUGGCCACCAGGCUGCAGGCCCCUGAGGGCCCCAUGGGGGCCUCCAUGGUGCUGAAGGAGGGCUACCCGUGCCUGGAGCCUCUGGUCAGUCUGUCAGAGGCAACACGCAAACUGCUCGCCGCCUACGACACGAUGAUCGCUGCUCAGAAACAGCUGAUCGAGAACGCAGACGCCGUGCAGGAGAGGAUCGCUCAGGUUCAGAGAGAAGGAAUGGACUUCCAUGAAGACCUGUCCCGGCUCGGGGAGAAGGACGGACUGAAGGGACGCAAGCUGGGCAAAGCUGUGGAGAGUUUCACCUGGAACAUCACUGUUCUCAAGGGUCAGUGUGACCUCCUGCGAGGAGCGAAGAUGGACUCCCUGGACGCUCUGAGGCAGCUGGCUCUGGCCUGUGAAGCCUGUGGACUCACCUCCUCCUCCUCCUCCUCCAACUCCUCGGCCUCCACCUUCUCCACCGCUGAGCUGCACUACACCUCCCACCCCAUGUCGGGCCGCCGCAGCAGCACGCACGGGAACGGACGCAUCUGACCCGGAGGGAGCGCACAGGAGCAGGAGCAGGA